UCAUCACAUGCCGCAUGUACCACUCGAGCUUCGGUCUGUGCCACGCGCAGCAAACGGAACAUCGCCAAGUCCCUACCAAGUAGCGGUCAUCUUUCUCUUUCUCUUGCGCUUCAUCAUCGACAAACUCAAAGCGCAACUUCACGCCUCCAUGGCGGACUCCAAGGCGAUCUCAGACUUGCUCGCUCCAGGCACAGCUAUACCCGACUUCACAACUGUUCCGAUCAAGGUGCAGGUCGGAACUCCUUCCACAAUUUUCCACGUCAACAAGGAUGUCUUGGUCGCAUCUUCGGACUACUUCCAAGCCGCACUCGCUCCGGAGUGGAAAGAAGGCAAGACGCGCACCGUCGAUCUGCCGGACGACGAUCCAAAGAGCUUCGGCCUUUACCUCGCCUGGCUUCACACACGCCGCAUGCACCUCAGCAUUGACGGCGACAUUACGGGAGGGAAUUGGAUCGAGGUCUUCAACACGUACGCGCUUGGCGACAAGCUGCUAGACCCCGACUUCAAAGAUGCCUUGACUGAUACGGCGGCCUGUCUGGUGUCAAAACCCAACUCGCGUGUCAAAGGCGUCACCAUGCCCCUGCAGUGCGAGCUCCAAACGCUGUAUGAGAAGACGCUUGUGUCAUCAACUAUGAGACGCAUCAUUGUGCACAAGUUCGCUCGCCUGAACAAUUGGAACGACUUGAUCUCCGAACACUACCCCUCUGCCUUCCUCAGGGAGCUCUGCAAAGCAGUGGCUGACAAGGCUGGUGAGACCCCGUUAGAGACGACGACCAAGGCGGCGGCUCGAUGCGCGUUUCACGAACACAAGGUCGGAGCCGAGAACUGCUACCGCACAAAGAAGAUAUGAGCAGCCCACGCCAACCAUGAACAGUGCAUGCGCCGCAAGCGAAUGUGUCUCGAAGAGCUAGUACGGUGGGCAAUCACGGUCGGUCGGCUCCAUGGGAUGAAGUCAAGAGGAUGUCGAACAGAACAACAUGUCUCGAACUCUCGAGAGAUUGGCGGAUAUCUGUUGGCAUGCAUGCUGUAGCUCUCGAUAUGCAAAUCAUGGCCAGUAAUUUCUACAUCACUUCCUGAUUUCAG